UUUUGCGCAUCAACCUCAGAUUUUCGAAAAAUGAAAUAUUUUAUAACCGUGUUUUCUUGUAUAAUUUUUCGUUAUAUUUAAUUAAAAAAUGAGUAUUUCGCGUGAAUUCGAAUAACUGAGAGUUACUACAGUGUCAAGUAACUCGCCAUUAACAAUUCCGCCAGUUAGAAGUGACGAAUUCGUUGUUCAAAGUCGAAUUUCCUGCGGUGUAUUUGAACGUUUUUCAACAAACUUCUACUCAAAGAACUUGAGCAAUGAUUACGGAAUUUGAAAGAAUAUAGUAAAAUAAUUCAAUAUACAAGUAUGGCUGUUAAAUACGACUUAGUAUUAAUAAAAACCGCCGCUUUAAAAGCGUUGCCGGAGUUUUCCAAGCGAUGUAUGCUACACACAGCAAAGUGGUUAGCCGAAAUAGUUUACGCUUUGAAAGAUGUCAAAUUAGAGAACGUAGUUUUGAAAUUAUCCAACGAUGGGAUCUCAGCGGCUGAAUAUGACGCUUACCUGGUCGCUCAUAGUUACUUCAUGGAUCAAGAAUACGAUAGAUGCACGUAUUAUUUGAAAAACACCACUUCUCCAGUGUGCAAAUUUCUACGUUACUAUUCGAUGUAUAUGUCGUUAGAGCUGAAGAAAAUCUGCGGUACCACGGACGCUAAUUUAUUCUCAUUUGUGUCCGAUUGUCCGGGUUACCUGAGUAACAUGCAAGCUCUGUGCAACGAAUUGAAAAUCGCUUACAUAAAUAAUCAAUUAGAUGGAUAUUGUUUAUACAUUUACGGUUUAGUAUUGAAAAAGUUGUCUCAUUUUGAGGACGCUAAAGACGUAUUAAUCGAAGCGAUCGAUAAAGAGACUUUGAACUGGGCAGCGUGGCAAGAACUAUCUCCCCUGAUUCCAGAAAAAAAUUGGAUUGAUUCCUUGACUUUACCGAACCACUGGAUGAAAGAUUUCUUCUUGGGUCAUUUACUAAUUGAUUUGCAGCUUAAUAAAGAAGCCGAGGAAGCGUAUAAAAUAAUUUUAAAAAAUGGUUUCCAAAAUUCCCAGUACGUUUUAGGACAAAUUGCCAUAUGUCAGCAUAAUUGUAAAGAUGUGAAAUCAGCCAUCGAUAUUUAUAACGGUAUGAGAAAAUCGGACCCUUUUAGACUGGAAGGAAUGGAUACCUUUUCUAAUCUGUUAUAUGUGGCUGAAACUCGCCGAGCUUUGGCAUUUUUAGCCCAUAGUGUUACCGAAAUUGAUAAAUACCGAGUAGAAACUUCUUGCGUUGUUGGUAAUUACUACAGCAUGCGAGGAGAACAUACUAAAGCUAUUUUAUCGUUUCAACGAGCUGUGAAAAUGAAUCCAUCGUAUGUAUCCGCUUGGACGUUAAUGGGUCACGAGUACAUGGAAGUGAAAAAUACACCAGCUGCUGUUCUAAGUUAUCAAAAAGCAAUAAAUGCAAAUAAGAGAGACUACAGAGCUUGGUAUGGGCUCGGGCAAACUUACGAAUUACUACGGUUAUCGUUUUUCUCGCUGUAUUAUUACAAAAUUGCUCAAAAACUACGUCCUCAAGAUGGUCGCAUGUUGAUAGCCCUCGGAGAGACAUACGAAAGACUGGAAAGAUACGAAGAAACUUACAAAUGUUACCAACAAGCGAGGAAUGUUGGUAAAAAUGAUCCUUUAGCGAUAAUUAGAAUGGCCAGAUUAUUAGAGCGUUUAAACGAAACCGAUCUUGCGGCCGAAGCAUUUGCUGACCUAGUUAGAGAAGAUACCGAUCUAUUUUCCGUAUUAACUUGCAAAACCGAAUUCAUUUACGCUUGUACCUUCCUAGUAAAAUAUCACAACGCUCAGAGAAACGUAGAUAAAGCUAAAUACUACGCUAAUCAACUCAAAAGAUAUCCAGAGUUCGAAGAAUCAUACGAAAAAGCAAUGCAGUUAAUUGCUCCAAAAAAGAAAGACACGCCGACGUCGAGCACUGAGCCUCGACAGUUUCUCAAUUUGGAAGAAAGUAUAAGGCAACUUUUCCCGUGGUGAUUCUAUUAAUCGAAUAUUGAGACUGGAAGUACCUACCUACCUUUUUAUACGAGUUUUUAAACCACCUUGAGAUGGUUUGUGAUCCGGGAGCGUUACGAGCUCCAUUUUAUACAAUACUGUACUGCACACUAGUCGUGAAGUGAAAUUCCUUACGCUAUUUUUAUAUUAUUACGAAAUUUCUUACGCGGUUAUUGGCCUAAGUUGUACCUUUUUUUUUCAUCAUUAUUUUCCACGUUUAUACGUACAUUUAUACACUUUUGUACUCUCAAUGAAAAUAUUAUACUGAUGGACUUCGA